AUGGCUUCACACCUCAAAUACUCUAACUCUGCCAGUGUGUGCCUCAACUUUUCCCCAAAUGAUAAUGGCUCCUGUGCAAAGCAGGAGUUACAAACACUCUGGCAGUUGUUCAACUCAUGGUUGAAGCCAGACCAACAGACCAAGGAGCAGAUGAUUUCUCAGCUGGUCUUGGAGCAGUUUCUCAAAAUCGGGCCUUCCAAGGACAAGUUUGCCGUAAAAGAGUUGUGGGAAUCAAGUGGAAGAAACCUGGGGAAACUCAUGGGGGUACUGACUGAUGAGUGCUUGAAGCCUCCUGUCAUGGUUCAUGUCUCCAUGCAUGGGCAGGAAGCACUCUUUUCUGAGAACAUGACAUUAAAAGAAGUCAUCGAGCAUUUUAAAGAACAACAAUUGGCAACAGCGUCAACUCUAGGGAAUGAAAGGACACCCUUGCCCAUAUCCCAGGACAGAUUAUUGGCAACAGGACAUGAAGACAGUAAAGAUGCCCAAGAUUAUUCCUGGAACUCUAGUGAAGAAAAUAGUUGUGUUACUAGUCCUGUAAAUGAGAUGGAUUCUCUUUUGAUUAUCCAAACAGAUAAGUCUCAUGUUCGCAGUGAGGGAGCUGUUUCUGAUGAAAUCUCUCUGGAUCUCAGAACAUGGCAGGAUGCUGCCAGGUACCAGGAAGAGGCUCAGAGUGCACCUUCUUCUGGAGAUGUCCCCAUGGUGGAGGUACAACCAGGAGCUGUUUCUAAGGAUAUCCCUCUGGAUCUCAGAACACGUCACGACACUGCCAGGUACCAGGAAGAAUCUCAGAGUGCAGCUUCUUCUAGAGAUAUUCCCAUGGUGGAAGUACAACCAGGAAUUUCCUCCAGACCAGCGCAGACUGAAGACUUCCAGAAUCAUGCAGCAAACUACACAUGUGAUGGUCACGAUGAGAGACUCCACAGAGACACAAACUCUAAGCUUUCUGUUCAUAAGAAAGUACAAAAGAAGACGAGGUCAUUUGUAUGUUCAACAUGUCAUAAAGGCUUCUACACUGUCUCAGACCUGAGAGUCCAUGAGACCAAACACCAAGAAAAGAAGACUUUCAUAUGUCCUACAUGUGAAAGGUCAUUCACCCAUAAAACCAACCUGGAAGCUCACAAGCGGAUACACACAGGAGAGAAGCCCUAUACUUGUUCCAAGUGUCAGCGCAGUUUCCGCCAAUCAUCCACGUAUCACCGCCAUCAGAGGAAUUGCCACAAAUCAGACUGA